AUGGCCUUCUCCCGAAAGGAUGCUCAGGGGGGCCGCCAAACCUUCAGUGUUAUGCAGUGGAUGCCGUUCUUCAUAAUUUUCGGAUUUGCUUUUGCUGCCCUUUUACCCUUCUAUCUGGCAUUCACUAAGUUCUGGCCCUUGACUGUGCUCGCCCUAGCUUGGCUUGCCUAUGACUGGAACACCCACAGUCAAGGUUGUAGACGUUCAGCUUGGGUACGAAACUGGACCGUCUGGAAAUAUUUCAGAAAUUACUUCCCAGUAAAGCUGGUGAAGACUCAUGACCUUUCUCCAAAUCGCAACUACAUCAUUGCCAGCCACCCCCAUGGCAUUUUAUCUUACGGCGUCUUCAUCAAUUUUGCCACUGAGGCCACUGGCUUUGCUAAGAUUUUCCCAUCCAUCACUCCCUCCGUAGGGACCUUGGAAGGGUUCUUCUGGUUGCCAAUUUUGCGAGACUUUGCGAUGUGGUUGGGCACGUGCCCAGUGAGCGACGCAUCCUUGAAGUACAUCCUGACCCAAAAAGGAGUAGGCAAUGCCAUGGUUAUCGUGGUGGGUGGAGCUGCUGAAGCCCUCUUGGCUCGGCCUGGAGAAACCGUCCUCUUCCUCAAACAGCGUAAAGGUUUUGUGAAGUUGGCACUGAAGACAGGGACACAUAUUGUCCCUUGCUAUUCCUUUGGUGAGAACGACAUUCACCAAUACAUGAACUACCCUGAGGGCACGUGGAUGAGGUCCUUCCAAACAGUCUUCCAGAACACAUGCAAAAGAUUCCUGGGAACGAGUUUCCGUGGCUUCUCUGGCCAGGGCCUCACUCCUGGAUCCUGGGGCUUCCUGCCUUUAAGUCGGCCCAUUACCACUGUUGUUGGGGAACCCCUGCCAAUUCCCAAGAUUGAGAAUCCAGACAUGAAGACAGUGGACAAGUAUCACGCACUCUACAUUAGUGCCCUGCAGAAACUGUUUGAACGAUACAAAGUUGAAUGUGGCUUCCCUGAGACCCAAGAGCUGACAAUCAUAUAACAAGAGCCAGAUUCCCCAUUAAUAAGCCCCCAAAGCCACGAGGGAUUCAAGUAAAGCCAAAGGGAAGGAAGAAUUUGGGGAGAGGGUAGGAUCUCAAGCAUGAGA